UUGUCAGGGUCCUUAGCGCCCUCGUUGGCGCUGGUGGCGCUGGUGGCAGCGGCCGCGGCCGCGGCCGCGGCUGCGUCCAUCGACGACGGAAGCAACGGCAGCGCCGUCCCCGGCGGAGCCCUCGGCGACAGAGAGUGCCAGAGGGCGACCGCCGACAACUGGCACCUGCCCUACCCUGGCGACUGCACGCGAUUCAUCAAAUGCGACCUAGACAACGACAUCAGCACCAUCUACACCUGCGACGCGGGCCUGCACUUCGGUCCCAGUCUGGGGACUUGCGUCUGGCCCGCGCAGGCCGGAUGUGAGGGUUCCGGAGCAGGUGAUGGGGACGACGGAGACGGAGACGGCAAUGGCAACGGAGAUGGAGAUGGCGAUGGUGAUGGAGAUGGUGAUGGAGAUGGUGAUGGAGAUGGUGAUGGUGAUGGUGAUGACAAUGGUGACGGAGACGGCAGCAACGGAUCUGGAACUCCCGGUGGAUCCAUUGGAGAAGAGGAAUGCAAGAAAGCCACUGAGGAAGUCUGGCAUCUGCCCUACCCCGGCGACUGCACCAAAUUCAUCAAAUGCGAUAUAGACAAUUCAAUUAGCACCAUCUACACGUGCAAUGAAGGUCUACAUUUCAAUCCUUCCAGUCAGACAUGCGACUACCCAGAAAAUGCUGGUUGUAGCGGCAGCGGAUCCGGAGGGGGUGGAGGCAGUGGAGGUGGAAAUGGAGGUGGCAAUGGAGGCGGUGACGGAGGCGGAAAUGGCGGAGGCAGUGGGGGUGGCGAUGGUGGAGGUGACGGAAGUGGCAGUGGAGGUGGAGGCGGAGGAGGCGGAGGAGGCGGCGGU